AUGGCUGACCCUUCAAUGUACCACGCAACGGGCCAGCGCCCCGAGGACCUCCCCAACCCCCAGUCCCAAUACCCAGCUGGUUACCCUCCUGGUACAGCUCCUGGUACAGCUCCUCCGCAACCCGGAGCUGCCUAUCCCAAUGCCUCGCCUAACCAGUGGUCCGCAUAUGGCUCUCCGCAACCUCCGCUACAACAAUAUCCAGGCCAGUCCCCCGUCGGGGCAUACAAUGCCCCUCAGCAACAACAAAUGGCCCCCGCAGAUCCAAACAUGGGAGGUUUGGCCUCCCAGAUGAGUGGUCUAGGCAUUGCAGGAGACGCAGGUGCAGGGACAAGAACACACAAAAAGAAGCAUCGUCAUGCUCAUCACGAUAUUGGAGGAGGCUCUGCUGCUGCUGCUGCCGCCCCACCAUCAGUCAACGAUGCAAUGGGAGCCGGGGUUGCGCAGCCUGCGUCUCAAUUUCUCAACACUGGCUUGAAUCAGGCUUCUCAGCAAGUCUCGCCGUUAGUUGGAGCCCACACAGGACAGCCAGGUCAACCAUCUCCCGGUUUUAAUUCACAGCCAGGCCUCCAAGGUGGUCCGGGAUCCGUACCCACACAAGGCCGAGUUGAUCCAGAACAGAUCCCCAGCAUCCCUCGUUCGCGCGAUAUACCGGCUCAGUACUACUUCAAUAAUGUAUACCCGACGAUUGACCGACACGUUCCUCCCCCCGCGACCAUUCCAUUUGUUGCCCACGAUCAAGGCAACUCAUCGCCAAAAUAUGCCCGCUUGACACUCAACAGCAUCCCCGCGACCUCAGACUUCCUCGCCCAGACCGGAUUGCCAAUGGGUAUGAUCCUACAACCUCUCGCUCCCCUCGACCCGGGAGAGCAACCGAUUCCCGUCUUAGAUUUUGGCGAUGUUGGGCCUCCGAGAUGUCGACGAUGUCGUACCUAUAUCAACCCUUUCAUGUCCUUCCGAUCGGGCGGUAGCAAGUUUGUCUGCAACAUGUGCACAUUCCCUAAUGAUACCUCUCCGGAAUAUUUCGCACCCCUCGAUCCUUCCGGCACGCGUGUGGACCGGAUGCAACGACCUGAAUUGAUGAUGGGCACUGUUGAAUUUUUGGUACCAAAGGAAUACUGGAAUAAGGAGCCGGUGGGACUGCAGACUCUCUUCUUAAUUGACGUGAGUCGCGAGUCGGUGCACCGUGGAUACUUGAAGGCUGUUUGUGAAGGUAUUGCGGAGGCAUUGUAUGGUGAAGAUGGCGCGGCAGAUGGUACCGAAGGCGAUGAAUCUUCACGGAAGGUACCAUUAGGGUCCAAGGUCGGAAUUGUCACCUUUGACCAUGAGGUUCAUUUUUACAAUCUUGCAUCGGCAUCUGAACAAGCGCAAAUGAUGGUCAUGACUGACUUGGAAGAGCCAUUCUUGCCAUUGAGAGAAGGACUUUUCGUGGAUCCAUAUGAAACGAAGUCAGUCAUUACUUCGCUCUUGAGCAGGAUACCCAGUCUCUUUGCGCACAUCAAGCACCCCGAGCCAGCAUUACUCCCGGCACUCAAUGCUGCAUUCUCCGCACUGCAAGAAACUGGUGGCAAAAUUGUUUGUUCCUUAGCUAGCUUGCCCACGGCUGGCCCUGGCAAGUUAAGUGUACGAGAGGACCCUAAAAUUCAUGGAACCGAUGCGGAACGUAAACUAUUUACCACCGAAGAUGCUACUUGGAGGAAAACAGCAAGCAAAAUGUCCGAGGCCGGUGUGGGUGUGGAUUUCUUCAUUGCCUCGCCCGGAGGCGUGUACAUGGAUGUGGCAACUAUUGGACACGUCUCGGCUACUACUGGAGGAGAAACGUUCUUCUAUCCCAACUUCCAUGCCCCUCGAGAUCUUUUGAAAGUACGAAACGAGAUCGCUCAUGCCGUCACACGAGAGACAGGUUACCAGGCCUUGAUGAAAGUGCGUUGUUCCAAUGGUCUCCAGGUAUCUUCGUACCACGGAAACUUUGUGCAGCAUGCUCUUGGUGCCGACCUUGAAAUCGGUAGUAUCGACGCCGAUAAAGCUAUCGGUGCGAUCUUCAGUUAUGAUGGGAAGCUUGACCCCAAGCUGGACGCUCACUUCCAGGCUGCGUUGCUAUACACAUCUGCCGAUGGUCAGCGACGAGUCCGGUGUAUCAACGUCGUUGCUUCUGUUAAUGAAGGCGGUAUGGAGACUAUGAAGUAUAUCGACCAGGAUGCCGUAGUGGGAGUUAUUGCCAAAGAAGCAUCUACCAAGUCACUUGACAAGUCUCUUAAAGACAUUCGGGCGAGUAUCUCUGAGAAGACUGUCGACAUUUUCAGUGGAUAUCGAAAGAUUUUCUCUGGGUCUCAUCCUCCUGGCCAGAUGAUUUUGCCCGAAAACUUGAAGGAGUUCUCCAUGUACAUGCUGAGCUUGGUCAAAUCGAGAGCAUUCAAAGGUGGCAACGAAUCAUCAGAUCGCCGGGUUCACGACCAGCGAUUGAUCCGUUCAUUUGGCUGCACUGAGUUAUCACUUUACCUGUACCCUCGCAUCAUUGCCAUUCAUAACAUGCAACCGGAAGAUGGAUUCGCGAACGAGCAUGGACAGCUCCAAAUUCCGCCAUCCCUUCGUGCAAGUUACUCUAAAAUCGAGGAGGGUGGUGCCUACUUGAUCGAUAACGGCCAAACCGUAUUACUCUGGUUACAUGCACAGGUCUCGCCUAAUCUAUUGGAGGAUCUCUUCGGACCAGGAGAGGCAUCUCUCCAAGAACUCAGCCCCAACAUCUCGUCACUUCCAGUGCUGGAGACGCAUCUGAAUGCCCAAGUUCGCAACCUGAUCCAAUAUUUCUCGACCGUGCGCGGAUCCAAGGCCGUGACAAUCCAAUUGGCUCGUCAAGGACUGGACGGCGCAGAAUACGAAUUCGCCCGAUUGUUGCUGGAGGACCGGAACAACGAAGCCCAAAGCUACGUCGAUUGGCUGGUGCACACCCACCGCCAAAUCAAUCUCGAGCUGGCGGGUCACCGCAAGAAAGAGGAAUCCGCGAGUGAGGGUGCGUUGUCCAGUUUGUCAGCGAUGCGAGCACCAUAUUGGUAA